ACUUUAGCUUUUUUGAUAUAUAUCGUAGCUAGGAACUAUAUUUUAUAUUUUUAUUUAUACUAUAUGCUUUUUGAUAAGAAGACUUAUUUAACAGUUCAACAAAGCGUUUUGUCUUUAUAGUUUGGUUGAUGCUUUUCUGUAAGAGGCAUUUGGGAUUCCUUUAAUGAGCCGAAAGAAUCGAAGACAGCAUCAUGUGCCAUAUCUUCCAGUGUGUAUCUUUGUCUAUCGACUUAAUGCAAAGGGUGAUUACGUAUGUCUUCGCCUUCUUUAUAAUACUCAUAGUUUCCCUUCUCCUGUUCUUGGCGCUGAUAGCGGGAAUGACGUAUGGUUACAAAUAUUACAUUGCAGAUUGGCUCUCGCUCAAUCACACCUUGCGAGGUAUCCGAAGAUUGGAUAUGCAUAAACAAACUAAACUGGCCGAGUUUGACCCGAAAUAUUUUAGAGAGCUGCGGAAGUACUGGAUAUUUUGGAACACAUCAACAACUAGCACUACAACCACCACUACAACAACUCUCCCUCCUCCUCCUCCACCUCCUCCACCUCCACCUCCUCCACCUCCACCUCCUCCUCCUCCUGGCUUUCCUCCUCCUCCUCCUCCUCCUGGCUUUCCUCCUCCUCCGCCUCCUGUUUCUCCACCUUCUUCUCCUCCUCCGCCUGGACGGCGAAAGAAAUACGAUUAUUUCAAAGAAGAUGGAAUGGAUAAGAAUUUCGAUGUGAUACCAAUAGUUAACGCGACUCUCCCAUCACCUGCUGAUAGAGCAGCGUCUGAACUAAGAGAAUACGUGAAAAAACUUAACUGGGUGGUUCCUCGUAGAAAUAUGACGGCGGAUGUGCAAGAUAAUAGGAAUACAAAGAUGAAACAUGAUUACAAACCAAAACUGAAAUACUUAAAGAAAUUGCAAGAUAAAGAUGUGGAGUUACCUAAAGAGCCAAGGAGAUUUAGUGAAUUCUCCGGGUUUCCAGUAAGGGAAGUUAUUCAGGUAAAACCCAUGAAAAAGAAGUCAAAUAAAAUAAUGACAGACGUUACACGUUCCACAACAGAAGACUCCACGAGAGACUUGAUCCUCAAGAGGCGUAAAGUGCACUAUGAUAAAAAUAUUACUACAUCCGUCGUGACAACAACUACAAAGAAAAGUAUAGCCUUGGAGAUUCUUGAGAAAAAAUUAAUGGCUUUAAAUAAUGUCUCCUCCACUAAGAAAGUUUCACGUAAAACAACUACAGACAUACCACCACAGCAGUAUUUGCAAAUACUAAAUUGGUUACUAUCACAGAAACAUAAAUUUAAGACAAGCACUGAGAAAGAGAACAUAAUUAUGGUAUAAUAAUUGCUGUAGCGUUAUCUGUCACUAUUAAUAACGCACAAUUUGAAAUAUAAUUUUGAUGUCAAAUAAUCAACAACAGUGAAAAAGAUAUAAAGACUAAUACGUAGGUUGUUAAUUAUCUAUGAGUGAGGUUAAAAAGUAAACAGAAGCUGUCCAGGAGGACAAAACUUCUACAGCUCGCAGUGCACUACUAAAAUAUAUUUAUAAAACGGUUCAGCUUACAAUAUAUUUUGAUUUUAUGUAAUUGUUGUAUUUUUGCAUGUUUUAUACAUAAAAAAACAUCUAAAAUCAUCACCUGGAUUAGGAAAAACAGAAUGAGUACCUAUAUGUACAAUUUUACAAAAAUAAUAGUUUAGAUAGUAGCAAUUUCUUCAGACCGUGUCCAGCCUUUAAG